GUGAACUUCAUACGGUCAUACCACUAUUACUUACUCACACAUCAUCAAGUACGAAUAAAAUGAAACAGUACAUAAGGACUGUGCUCUUGAAAGUUGGGAUUUCCGGUUGAGACAUUUUGGCGCGGCAAAUGGUGUGGAAAUGAUGUCGAAUCUCUCCUGAAGUCUUGUGUUUCCCUCCUCUAGAUGUACCAGGAUGAAAUCGAGACGUUGCGCGACACGAACGCGACUCUGGCGCGACAGAUGCUGCAGCAGGAGGCUCGGAUGGAGGAGGAGAAGGAGGAGCUGAGGAGGAAGAUGCGGCGGCAGGAUGCCAGGAUGCUGAUGAAGGACAACCAGAUCCUGAAGAUGAAGAGGGCAGUGGACGAACAGAGUCUGGAGAUACAGGAGUAUAAAGAACAGGUUGCGGAGUUAGAGGAGAAGCUAGAGACCAGCAAGGCGAGAUUUGCUGCCAGGGCAGAGAGGUGGAGACAGAAAGUCAACAAGACUGCCGAAGAAGUCUUCACGGACUUCCAGUUGAAAUGUCAAAAGCAGAUCAAGGAACAGCUGCACUACGCCCACGAGGAACUGGCCGACCUCCGCUUUGACCUACAGGACAGCAGGGACGAAGUGGAUCACCUCUUGCAGGAGUUGAUGGUACUGAACCAGGACAUGGCGGAGCUGCAGCGCCUGUUUAGCGCCGACAGGUGGGCAGACGUCAUAAAUUGCGUUGCGUAG